AUGGAGGAGUGGAAUACAGCGAUCCUGCAGUCGGGCGCCAUGGGAGCUUUUUUGGCUCUAGGACCACAGUCUAUUCUUUCACGAGCAAGGUAUCUGCGCUAUACUGAUCGUCGGAUACCAAAGGCAGCUUUUGGUGCCCUUACUAUUGAACAACAAUUAACUCAUUCGACUCCCACUCACCGUGCUUCGUUCCUCACACGCCGCCACUCACGCGAACUCACCGCAGCCAUGCAGCAGCACGCCAUGUUCUCGUUACUCGUAGUUGCAGCCACGAUUGCGGGCUCACGUGCCCAAGAUUUCCCGACCGUUGUGACCUCCGUGGUGCCCUUCCCGACCACCAGCACCAUCCCCCCCGCACCGCCGGUCACCUUUGGCAGCGGACUCGAUUGCAACUUACAGCUCGGUGGCCAGGUGGUGAACGGACAGUGCGUCCGCAUCUUUAGCGACCACCAGGUCGGCGCCAUCGAGAACCCGACGGCCGCGUUCAAGCCCAACGUCUGCGACGGCACCUGCUACCCCUACCCGCCGGGUUUCGGAGCGAUACAUGUGACGGGCGAUGGGACCUUCGGCACCGACUGCCACGUCUUCUCGACAACGACGUGCGACCAGGGAUCGGAGCUCUUUGAUAACGGGAACACCAAGCAGUUCAAGGCCGCCAGUUUCGAUCCGAGUCAGACGGGGAGAUCGGUGCAGUGCUUUUUCAAGUGUUAG